GUAUUUUUUCUAAAAGAAAGAAAAUGAUUUAUGUACUAGGUGUGUAGGUAAAUAUUGUUAUCUUUCAAAUAACCCCAUUUCUCACUCCAAAGAUCUUACUUUUUUUGUUCUUUAUUUUUUGGGUUUUAAUGUAUUUGGUCUUUGCCUUGUUGUGCUUUGCUGUGAGAGUGAGUGAGUGUUUGCUGGUCAAUCUGCAGAAUGUGAUUUUAAUAUAGGGGGAAAUACAGUGAACGUGCUCUUCUUUGUCUUUCAGUCUUUUAAACUAAAACAACACUCUCACGCUUUGAAGAGAACAUGAUUAGUGUAUUUUUCCUCCUUGAAAUUUCCAAUUUUUUUAUAUUGCAAGAGAUAAAACAGAGAAAAGAAGCCAAUUUUUUGUAGAGGGAGAUAGUGAGAUAUCUUGGGAAUUUGAGCUGUUUUACAUCUUUUGAGAGCCAUGCUUGUCUCUUGAGAGUUGAAAAGUUUUUCUCUUUCUUGAGUUCUGAGUCUCCCUUCUCCUUUUCUUCUCUUCUUCUUGUGAUGUGAAAAAUUUAUUUCUUUGGUCCAUUUCUUCGUGCUAGCUUGUAAUUAUUUUUCCAACUUUUUGGUUCUUUAUCACGCAAAACAAUGCUAUGAUGAUACAUAAAACUUGAAGUUUUAGCUCAUCAUGUUCCAGUGCAGGAAAAAAGGGUAUUUGUUGAAAUGGCCUGUACUUACAAGAAAGUUACCUUAGUUAUGGUGUAUGCAUGUUUUCUUGGGGGAUUUUUUCUUGCUCAGAUAUGAAGGGGGUAGUAUCAAAGAAAGAAGAAAAGUAAGAAGACAUGGAGAAACAAGUUGAGCCGAUCUUGUUCUUUUGCUGAUGGGUCUUAAGUUGCAACAGAGCUACCACCACUCAGUGACUGUGAAAGUGAAUGAACAAAUGGGGACCAAAAGAGGGUACACAUUUAUUCAAGCUAACAGGGCUUGGUUACCAAAAUUUUUGUUGCUUUGGGUAAUGGUGAUGGCUUUUCUCAGCACUUGGAUCUACAAAAAGAUGGAUGCUGACAACAAAGUAAGGAGGAAGGAGGUGUUGAGUACCAUGUGUGAUCAAAGGGCAAGGAUGUUGCAGGAUCAAUUCAGUGUUAGUGUUAACCAUGUUCAUGCCCUGGCCAUUCUUGUCUCCACUUUUCAUUACUACAAGGAUCCAUCUGCUAUUGAUCAGGAGACUUUUGCGGAGUACACUGCUAGAACAGCAUUUGAGAGGCCAUUGCUUAGUGGGGUGGCCUAUGCGGAAAGAGUAGUUCAUUCUGAGAGGGAGAAAUUUGAGAGGCAGCAUGGGUGGACAAUAAAGACAAUGAAGAGGGAACCUUCUCCUAUUCGAGAUGAAUAUGCCCCUGUAAUUUUCUCUCAAGAAACUGUUUCUUACAUCGAAUCGCUUGACAUGAUGUCGGGGGAGGAGGAUCGAGAAAACAUAUUAAGGGCUAGGGCUACCGGGAAAGCUGUCCUAACUAGCCCCUUCAGGUUACUGGGCUCUCAUCAUCUUGGUGUUGUGUUGACAUUCCCUGUUUACAAAUCCAAGCUCCCACCGAGUCCUACUGAGCAAGAGCGCAUUGAAGCAACUGCUGGAUACCUUGGUGGUGCAUUUGAUGUGGAGUCACUUGUGGAGAAUUUACUUGGGCAACUUGCUGGAAAUCAGGCAAUCCUAGUGAAUGUAUAUGAUAUUACUAAUUCUUCUGAUCACUUGAUCAUGUAUGGUCACCAAAAUCAAGAUGGUGACCUGGCUUUAUUGCAUGAAAGCAAGCUUGAUUUUGGAGAUCCAUUCAGGAAGCAUCAGAUGAUAUGUAGAUAUCAUCAGAAGGCACCCACAUCAUGGACUGCGCUGACCACGGCCUUCUUAUUCUUCGUGAUCUGCUUAUUGGUUGGCUAUAUCUUAUAUGGUGCAGCAAUACACAUUGUUAAAGUUGAAGAUGAUUUCCAUGAAAUGGAAGAGCUUAAGGUUCGAGCAGAAGCUGCUGAUGUGGCCAAAUCACAGUUUUUGGCAACAGUUUCUCAUGAAAUCAGGACUCCCAUGAAUGGCAUCCUUGGGAUGCUUGCUUUGCUUUUAGAUACUGAUUUAAGUUCAACACAAAGGGAUUAUGCUCAAACUGCUCAAGUGUGUGGAAAGGCACUGAUAACAUUGAUAAAUGAAGUGCUUGACCGUGCUAAAAUUGAAGCUGGAAAGUUGGAGCUGGAAACUGUCCCCUUUGACCUUCGGUCUAUCCUAGAUGAUGUGCUCUCUUUAUUUUCUGAGAAGUCUAGAAACAAAGGUGUUGAGCUGGCAGUGUUUGUUUCUGAUAAAGUUCCUGAAAUGGUUAUGGGGGAUCCAGGGAGAUUUAGACAGAUAAUUACGAAUCUUGUUGGGAACUCUGUUAAAUUUACAGAACGGGGGCACAUAUUUGUUAAAGUCCAUCUAGCUGAAAACCCGAAGCCUAUGGAAGAUCCUAAAGCUGAAACUUGUUUGAAUGGAGGGUCAGAUGAAGAUGCAUUGGUAUCAGGUGCUCGCCAGUUUAAAACCUUGAGUGGUUAUGAAGCUGCUGAUGAGCGGAACAGUUGGGAUUCCUUCAAGCAUUUAGUUGCCGACGAAGAAUUGCGAUAUGAUGCCUCAGUAAAAAUGAAAGCUGCAGAUGAAGCUUCUCAGAGUGUCACUUUGAUGGUAUCUGUGGAAGAUACUGGCAUUGGGAUCCCUUUGAUUGCCCAGGACAGGGUUUUCAUGCCCUUUAUGCAGGCGGAUAGCUCAACCUCUAGAAAUUAUGGUGGGACUGGCAUAGGCCUGAGCAUUACUAAGUGUUUGGUUGAGCUAAUGGGUGGUCACAUAAGCUUCAUCAGCAGACCACAAGUUGGAAGCACAUUCUCAUUCACCACAGUCUUUGGGAGGUGUAAAAGAGCUUCCUUUAGUGAUACAAAAAAACCCAAUGCUGAAGAUCUUCCAUCUGGUUUCAGAGGAUUGAAAGCUGUGGUAGUUGACGGAAAACCAGUUAGAGCUGCUGUAACUCGGUACCACUUGAAGAGGCUUGGCAUGCUGGUUGAAUUUGCGAAUAGUGUCAAAAUAGCUGCUUCUGCUUGUGGUAAAAAUGGUUCUUCAUGCGGAAGUAAAACUCAACCGGAUAUAGUUCUUGUUGAGAAGGAUUCAUGGCUUUCUGGUGAGGAUGGCGGUUUGAGCUUACGAACGUUGGACAGGCAGCAAAACGGACACGUGUUUAAGUCGCCAAAGAUGAUUCUUCUUGCGACAAAUAUUACUAAUGCUGAACUCGAGAAAGCAAGGGCAGCAGGUUUUGCAGAUACUACAAUUAUGAAACCUUUGAGGGCAAGUAUGGUGGCUGCAUGUCUUCAGCAGGUGCUUGGGACAGGGAAGAAGAGGCAGCCUGGAAGAGGCAUGCUGAAUGGAUCAUCUGUCCUUGGGAGUCUUCUUUGUGGUAAGAAAAUAUUAGUAGUUGAUGACAAUAUGGUAAACCGGAGAGUUGCUGCUGGCGCAUUGAAAAAGUUUGGAGCUGCCGUGGAAUGUGCUGAAAGUGGAAAAGCUGCACUUAAAUUGCUUCAACUUCCACACAGUUUUGACGCUUGCUUCAUGGAUAUUCAGAUGCCCGAAAUGGACGGGUUUGAGGCAACUCGUCGAAUUCGAAUGAUGGAGAGUCAGGCAAAUGAACAGAUGAACAGAGGGACUGAAGAAGGGUCUAUCAGGACUGGUGAGUGGCAUAUCCCGAUAUUAGCCAUGACAGCUGAUGUAAUUCACGCCACCUAUGAUGAGUGCCUGAAAUGUGGGAUGGACGGAUACGUCUCAAAGCCCUUUGAGGAGGAAAAUCUUUACCUGGCUGUAGCAAAGUUCUUCAAAACGAAACCCAUCUCGGACUCAUAGCAACACCUCCUACAUCAUCCAAAAGCAAAACCUUGAAUUAUAUGCUGGUUGGACAUCGCCAGCAAUUUUCCCCGUCCUGCUGGUGCAUUUGGGUUUAAUCACUGAAUGGUUUGCUUGGAUUUCUGAGGAUUCUUGACCUCUCCAAUAGAAAAAACAUGCAUGUUCUUGCAUUCAUUUCUAACCAACUUCAAUUUUAACCUGAUUAGUAUCUUAGUACAUGUAUACUACCACAAUGACUCCAUCCCCGACUGUUUGUAUAGAUCUUCAUAUUAGAGUCAAAAGGUGUAAAUCUCAUUCUCUCUAAACUUUGGAACUUUCUUUGGAAUAGGCCUUUGUGCCAUGUUUUUUUUCUUCUAAAUUUUGCUGUAAACUUUUUGUUAUUGAGUUUCAAAUAUCAGAAAGAGGUAGCUAACAAGUAUAAAA